AUUAUUGAUAUUAACAUAAAAAGAAAAGAGAGAGAGAAAAGAAUGAUCAAAUAUGUAGUAAACUUUGGUCGUGCAUAAAUAAAAAACACAAAAGAAAAAUUAUGUACAAUUCUAAUACUGGCAACGCUGAAUCAUGUAAAAAGGGGAAGGUAGCCAUCUUUAAAAUAGGCAACAUAUGUCACAUCCGUCUCUCUCGCGAUAUUUCGUGACGUAGUGGGGUUAUUGGUAAGACAAAAUAGGUUUCUUCAUGGCACCCAAGGAUUACAAUUGCAAUUGCGAAUUCCGUUAUUAAUUUACCGAAACUGGGGAAACAAAGGGGGAAAGUGAUAAAGCGGAGCAUCAAAGCACGCGAUAGUCAGGCGAAAUUUUCGCACUCGCACGUCUCGUUAAUGGCAGAGGAAAAUGUGUACGGCUAUAAUCCGACAGUCGGCGCCGAUGGGAACGACAGAGAAGAAGCUACAAGCAGGUUAAGGCUACGGGUACAAGCAGGACAUAAUUUAGCUAGGAAGGAUAUUUUUGGAGCUAGUGACCCAUACGUCCGUAUAGAGUUAAAUACUGUUAAUGGAAAUGAAAUUGUAGAUUCUGUACUUACAAAGACUAAAAGAAAAACUCUUAAUCCUAAAUGGGGAGAAGAAUUUAUAUUCAGAGUAAAACCACUCGAACAUAAACUUCUGCUACAAGUAUUUGAUGAGAAUAGAUUAACAAGAGAUGAUUUUCUUGGUAUGGUCGAAUUGACUUUGAAUAAUUUACCAAAAGAACAAGAAGGUAGAGUCAUUCCAAAUAAACAAUAUAUUCUGCGACCUCGAAAUACAAAUCAAAGGUCCAAGGUAAAAGGCACUUUAGAAAUAUAUCAUGCAUAUAUAUCAGAUACGAACGGUGCUAUUGACACUGGAGAAGGAGAUACAGUAUCCGAUUCUGGAGGGUGGGAACUUUUAGAUCAACCAACACCAACAUCAAACUUAACUCCAGAAGAACAGGGAUCCGAGACAAAUGGUCCAUUACCACCAGGAUGGGAAGAAAGACAAGAUGCUAAUGGACGAACGUAUUAUGUUAAUCAUAUAGCACGUUUUACACAAUGGGAACGGCCUACUGUAGCGAAUAUUAUGCCAAGUGGUGGCGUAACACAAGAACAACGAAAUUUAGACACUGCAACUACAGAGUUUCAAAGACGUUUUCAUAUUAGUGUAGAUGAUGCAGAGAGUAGACAAAGAACUUCUGGUAUCAGUAUCACACCGAGUGACGACAAUGUAGAUAGUCCAGCUGGUUCUAGGCGAUCAUCUGAACAGAUUCUAGCUGAAAGUCCAAAGCCUCUUAAUGGCGAAGGCUUGCCACCUGGUUGGAGCAUGCAGUUGGCUCCUAAUGGCCGGAUGUUCUUUAUUGAUCACAAUGAGCGAGCCACGACGUGGAUCGAUCCAAGAACGGGAAGGCCAAGCUCAAUACCUUGGCAUAAUGUGCCAUCUGCAACAAUCAGAAGUGAUAUCGAUCAAUUGGGACAAUUGCCUGAGGGCUGGGAGGAGCGGGUUCACACCGACGGCAGGAUCUUCUUCAUCGAUCACAAUACAAGAACAACUCAAUGGGAAGAUCCACGAAUGUCAAAUCCUCAAAUAGCUGGACCAGCUGUUCCAUACUCAAGAGAUUACAAGCGCAAAUACGAAUACUUAAAGUCGCAAUUAAGAAAACCAAACAACGUACCCAAUAAAUUCGAAAUAAAAGUUGGACGUAAUAAUAUUUUGGAGGAUUCGUAUCGAAUUAUUAGUUCUGUUAACAGGGUUGAAAUAUUGAAGACGAAAUUGUGGGUGGAGUUUGAAGGAGAAGUAGGCCUUGAUUAUGGUGGUCUUGCUCGUGAAUGGUUUUUCUUAUUGUCUAAAGAAAUGUUUAAUCCAUACUACGGUUUGUUUGAAUAUUCGGCUAUGGAUAAUUAUACUUUACAAAUUAAUCCAUUUUCGGGGGUGUGCAAUGAAGAGCAUUUGAAUUAUUUCAAAUUUAUUGGACGUUUACCAUGGGAAAUUGUUGGAUGUGAAAUAGAGAAAACUUUUUUCAUUCGACCUUUCUACAAAAUGAUGUUGAGUAAGACCAUUGAUUUAAAGGACAUGGAAAGUGUCGACUCGGAAUAUUAUAACUCUCUCCUCUGGAUUAAGGAGAACGAUCCGAGCGAGCUCGAGCUAACUUUCUGCGUUGACGAGGAGUCCUUUGGUCAUACGUCGCAACGCGAACUCAAAUCUAAUGGCGCCAACGUUCCGGUGACUAAUGACAACAAGGACGAGUAUAUAAGUCUAGUGAUCCAGUGGCGUUUUGUAUCGCGCGUCCAAGAACAAAUGAAUGCCUUCCUCGAGGGCUUCAACGCCCUCGUACCAUUAACCCUUGUCAAGAUCUUCGAUGAGAACGAACUGGAGCUUCUCAUGUGCGGUAUUCAGCACAUCGACGUCAAGGAUUGGAAGCAAAAUACCCUCUACAAGGGCGAUUAUCAUGCGAAUCACAUUACCGUUCAAUGGUUCUGGAGAGUCGUGUUAUCGUUCAACAAUGAGAUGCGCGCGAGACUGUUGCAGUUCGUUACGGGAACGUCGAGGGUACCGAUGAAUGGUUUUAAAGAGCUUUACGGCAGUAACGGACCGCAACUCUUUACUAUAGAGAAAUGGGGCACACCUGAUAAUUAUCCAAGGGCUCACACAUGUUUCAAUCGAAUUGAUCUGCCGCCUUAUGAAAGCUACCAGCAACUCAGGGAUAAACUCAUCAAGGCAAUCGAGGGUUCACAAGGAUUUGCUGGGGUGGAUUAGCGCGAAAUUCCUUUUUUCAUGAUGAUACCUGUAAUAUAAUGUAUAUAUGUAUACGUAUAUGCAGACUAGAUGCUACCAUUUUUCUAUACAUAUACAUCAUAUUAUUUUACGUAUAUUUCGUAAGAAAACGACGAAUUGGUAAUAUACAAUCUCAUUAUCGAUGAUUGAAAUUUGAAAAUUAGGAGGAAAACCACUUGCGAGGGCAAUAGUAUUAAAGAACAGAAUGAGCGAAAAGGAAAACAAUACGGAAGAAAUAGCAUCUUUUGAUUAAAAUUAGCAAAUGUUCUACAAAAUUCCGAGUCAUUUACGAUUUUUGAUGCAUUUACAAAUGAAGACUCGCAAAGCGUGAUAGGGGAAUCAUAUUUGACGAUUUAUGUCUAAGAAAACUCAAUCAUGGACUUAGAGUAUAUUUGAUAUACACAAUACGUUAUUCGCGAAUCACGGAGAUAUGUGAAAAAUAACUUGAAAAUAAUUUAUAUUAAUUAAUAAA